GUGUCACCAAUAUUUGUAGUGACUGAAUACCACAAAAAAACAGUGAUUUAUUUACAAUUUAUAUCCUUCUCCUACUCCUCCACAUUUUAUUUUUACUAAAAAUUGUACACAAACUGCACGUAAAAGUAAACACGUCACAAAUAUUUAACUGACGUUAUUUAUGGAAAUUGACCGAAAUUUCUGAAGGAAAUUGGGAAUUUCCAAAUGGCAGAUGUAGCAGUGGACGUCUCAGGGGAAAUGAGCCCCCCUUCAGCUCCCCUUCAACAAAGUUUCUUGAAAAUCCCCACGGAACUGCCCGAUCCGAAGGAGUGGAUUAGCAAGCAGAGGCAAAACGUACGAUCAUGGAUUCUAUUCACCCAGACAUCAAACUUCAAAGUGCCCCCUUCCCUACCCAGACUAGGCAAGAGGAUCAUGCGAAACAUCGAAUACUUUCAAGCGAAUUAUUUGUUCGUGUUCCUAGGACUUGUGGUUUAUUGCCUGGUAACGUCACCACUUUUUCUUAUAGCAAUAGCAGGAACUUUUUAUGUAGGAUACCGCUUGAAUAAGCGCCAACAAGAGAAGAAAUUGGUGAUAUGUGGAAAGGAAUUGACUUUAGCACAGCAAUAUGUACUUAUAACAGUUUGUUCAUGGCCCGUUUACUACUUAGUAGGAGGUUACGGAGUCAUGUUUUGGCUCAUGGGAGCUUCGUUAAUAAUUAUUACUUUGCACGCUGCUUUUUACAAUAUUGAAGCGAUUAUUGCCAAGGACGAGGAUUCUUACACGUUAUUAGAGCAGGUUUAAUGUCACAAAUGUACAUUAAACAUUAAAAUUUAUUUCCCUUUAUAAUUCUAUAAUUUGCAAGUAACUGCAAAUUCAAAUAUAGCUUUAUCGAAUUUUAUAUUGUAAAUAUAUGUAUAUUAUUAUCAACAAGUUUUCAAAUAAUUUAGAAAGAUAGAAAUAUUUUUACCAUUUUUUAAGAAGAAAAAAUUCCCCCAAGUCACAUAUUCCCUUAAAAUCUACAGCAUUCACAUAGAAACAUACAAAUUAAAUAAAACUUUUACAAAAAAUGAUGUUUUUAAUCAAAAUUAUCAAAAGGCAACUCUUUACAAAAACUCCUUAUAUCUUCUUCAUUUACAAUCGUAUUUGAUUCACUGGCUAAUUCUGUUUUGUUGCAGUUUGAAUUAAAAUCCUGUGGUAUGAAAAUCUCGGCAAAAGCCUGUUCUUUUCGAUGAAUAUUGGCCCAUCUUGCUGGGAUUCUUACAUCAAAAGAUUUCCUAAAGACCAUGCAAUGCAAAUGCUCUAGUUUUUCGUACUUCAUCCUCGAAAAACCCAUAUCAGCCAGGACGAAUCUCCAGGAUUUUAUAUACUUUGCAUUCCUUCCUAGGUGAUUGGAAUCGGGGGUUAUUAUCACGAGGAUUCCUUCUGUUUUCAACAAAUUGAAAGCUUUUUGGCAGGAUAAUUGUCUUUGUUGAGGAGAAGGUAAGUAUUCUAAGAGUAAACUGAACACAAUCACAUCGAAAUGGUCCCGUGGAAGUCGCGUAAUUUCUUCGCCUUCGAAACAAAAUGGACCAUACUUGAUUGAUAAAAAAUCACACUUAUUCACUGUAUUUACUGCCGGGGAAAUGUCUAUAGCAGUAACAUUGAAUUCUAUAAAUUGUUUAAAAGGAUUGUAACAACUACCAACGUCUAACAUCUUCCAUUUGCCUGUAAAAUCAUCAUACUUCGUAUUAAUACAAAUAUUCAAUUUAUCAGCUAUUUCUAGUUCUUUAUUUCUAGCAAUAAACAUGUCUCUUUCGAAGUAGUUAAUACAAGCUUCGUGUACCCAAGAAAUUCUUGAAUUACUUGAUGGAUUCUUCCAAUAUUUUGUUGCUAAUUCCUUCAUUGCCAGUGAGUAUUUGUCUAACGUUUCUUUAUUUGUGCAGUGGUUUUUCCAAGCUUCAUUAAUACCUAUAGUUUUGGACAUCUUUCGUAAGUCCGCGUGCACGUUUUUAAUAAAAUCGGACGCCUCUAAAUGCUCCUUUAGAGCCAUAAUUUUGGUAAAAUUUUUAUAAGUUUAUGUAUGUUUGAAAACUCGUGUUUAGUGUUUACAACGAUUUGACGUUUAUUGACUUCU